AUGUCUAGUUCUAAAGUUUCUUCAAGUACUCAUAGAGAUAAUUGGGAUGCAUCUCCCGAGAAUAAGCGCAUUAGACAUGGACGUCGAGAUCUUUCACCAGUUCCUCCUCCUCCUGCGGAAUCUCUCGGUGAAACACGUCGCGUCUUCUUGAAAAGGAAGCACGACGAUCUUCCAACCACCAAUGCUUUUGCAAUUCGCACUAUGCAAGAGUUUCUUCGUACAGAUGGCACCAAAGACACUGAUGGCUCUACCUUAGCGACUAAACGUCCUAAAUCAAGUGUGAUCGUUGUUUCUAAACCUACUAUUGAUCGUGUCUAUCUAUGUCCCAUUCUCAUUCGUGUAUUUUAUACCACUGAUGGCCGUCAUACACCAUCAUCUGCUUUCGCUGAUGGAAAAUAUCCUUCAAAUGAGGUUCAAAUCAACACCUGGAUGAAUGCUUCCUUGAAAGAACUGUCCCAAGAUAUUGUUUUAGCCGUUAAGUCUCAAUCCGGGGACAGAAAACGACAGCCUCAGCUAAGAAUUACGCAGCCUAUCCGACUGCACUUCUCCUCCGUAUUUCCUGAUAAUGUUUCUAGGGGAAAGUAUAGGAAAAGAGAUUUGGGUUUCUGUGUUAUCAACAAUUUUACUGAUGGGGAAGAGGAUGCCAGGGCUACGCUUGAUGAUAGUGGUGCUACACUCGAGUCCAAAAAGUUUCAUAUUGGUGACUUUCUGGAUGUGGCGAUAUGCAAUGUUGGGGAGAGAAGAAUUGAGGAUGGAAUUCGUCCUCGAAGGGGACUGGAUAGGAAGGAUGCAGGUCGUUUUUAG